ACGACAAAGACAAUGUUGGAUUUUUUCUCUUCCACUAGAACUACAUACUACCCUUCUAUAGUUCUGUUGUUAUAGGAGCUAAUUAACUGCUCCAACAACCACAAAGAGACUGAAAGAACAGCAAUGGAAGCUGCAUUAUGCAGUGCACUUGCUCUUUCACCCAAUCAAGUAUUCAAUGCAGCAAAUCCUGUUUUGUAAUCGCAGGAGAUAAAAAUGUUCCUUUGAAAUAUAGCAAAGAUCGGAGUGUUGUAAUGACAGUGGCAGCCACUGGAAUAUUAGGGAAAGGUGGUGGGUUGUUGGAGAGGCCAACCAUAGAGACAACAUCACCUGGUCGGGAAUCUGAAUUUGACUUAAGGAAAUCGCGGAAAACAUCCCCACCUUACCGAGUUUUGCUGCACAAUGACAACUUCAACAAGCGAGAAUAUGUUGUGCAAGUGUUGAUGAAGGUGAUACCUGGAAUGACAAUUGAUAGUGCGGUUAACAUCAUGCAGGAGGCACAUUAUAAUGGACUAGCAGUGGUGAUAGUAUGUGCUCAAGUGGAUGCUGAAGACCACUGCAUGCAGUUAAGAGGAAACGGCCUUCUAAGUUCAAUUGAGCCAGCUGAUGGUGGUGGUUGUUGAUACAUAGAGAGACCAUUGACAUGAGCUUUUGGCCUAAUAGUUUCAUUGGAGAGGUGACGUAUCAUAUCAUAUCAUACACAUUUCAAUUUUCACAGUUCCAUAAUGUGCAUGUUUCCAACCACUGAAGAUGGUUGUAUAGAAAAUUAUUGACUAGGUAAGGAAAGUGAUAGUGCUAGUUAGUUAGUAGUUAGUACUUAUACAGGACAUAAAUUGCUACCAACCGGUAGCAUUAUUUGGAUUUAACGUGUUAUACUAUCAUUAGUCCCUACAUUUCCACCUUUUCAUUGAA